GAGGAUUUCUCUGAUCAGUUUGGCAUGAAAUUUUUCAUGUGUGCGAGCUAUGAGCAUGAUCCACCCCGUAGUUCAGCUUCGUCGUCCACCAGGCCGCCGUCUCCCCCGCCCCUAUGCAAAUGGUUUCACUGGAUAGACACGGAGCAGCCGGACUGGGCGCGGCAGGAGGUUGAGGAGAAACACCGGCGUGCGUGGGCAACAUUCUUUGAGGAGGAGCGUCAGGAAAAGGCUCGUGCUAAUGCUAAAGCAGAGCGAGAGAGACAGAUCCAGAAACUUAGGGCGGAACAAGCUCGUAAUCGCGAGGUGAAUCAGAAGAGGAUGGAUGAUGAGGCUGCAAGCAGGUUUGCAGAGGAAGAGGUGCGCAGGGAGGCUCGUGAAGCGGAGAGGAAGAGACUAAGCGGAGAGGAAGAAAUUGGCCCCCAGGUGGCGCAUGCACCACCUACUCUGCAUAUCCUGCCAUGGCGUGUCUUCAUCAGGUCCGGCUUCUUUCAGCGUCUUGAUAGCCGCAAAUGUCUCUUGUCAGCAUAUCUAGCACCAAUUGAGAUGGUGUUCAUGCUGUACUCCUAG